CCACUAGCACCACCACCACCGCCGCCGCCACUCCGGAGGGCACGGGGCUGCCUGCUAGGGAGGGAGGGCAGGACAGAGAGGCCGGUCCCAGCAGCCGGGGACAGAUGCCGAUUGAGAUUGUGUGCAAAAUCAAAUUCGCUGAGGAAGAUGCGAAGCCCAAGGAGAAAGAGGCAGGGGAUGAGCAAAGCCUCCUGGGGGCUGCCCCAGGGGCAGCAGCCCCCCGCGACCUGGCCACCUUCGCCAGCACUAGCACCCUGCAUGGGCUGGGCCGGGCCUGUGGCCCAGGCCCCCACGGACCACGGAGAGCCCUGUGGGCACUUGCCCUACUCACCUCACUGGCAGCCUUCCUGUACCAGGCUGUUGGCCUGGCCUGGGGCUACCUGACUCGGCCUCACCUGGUGGCAAUGGACCCGGCUGUCCCAGCCCCGGUGGCAGGCUUCCCGGCCGUCACCCUCUGCAAUAUCAACCGCUUCCGGCACUCAGCCCUCAGUGAUGCCGACAUCUUUCACCUGGCCAACCUGACAGGGCUGCCCCCCAAAGACCGGGAUGGGCACCGUGCUGCUGGCCUGCGGUACCCGGAACCAGACAUGGUCGACAUCCUUAACCGAACUGGCCACCAGCUAGCCGACAUGCUCAAGAGCUGCAACUUCAGUGGGCACCACUGCUCUGCCAGCAACUUCUCUGUGGUCUAUACCCGCUAUGGAAAAUGUUAUACCUUCAACGCAGAUCCGCAGAGCUCGCUGCCCAGCCGGGCAGGAGGCAUGGGCAGUGGCCUGGAGAUCAUGCUGGACAUCCAGCAGGAGGAGUACCUGCCCAUCUGGCGGGAGACAAACGAGACAUCGUUUGAGGCCGGCAUCCGGGUGCAGAUCCAUAGCCAGGAGGAGCCACCCUACAUCCAUGAGCUGGGCUUCGGCGUGUCUCCGGGCUUCCAGACUUUCGUGUCCUGCCAGGAACAGCGGCUGACCUACCUGCCACAGCCCUGGGGCAACUGCCGGGCUGAGAGUGACCUCAGGUACCCGGAGCUUCAGGGCUACUCUGCCUACAGCGUGUCUGCCUGCCGCCUGCGCUGUGAGAAGGAAGCUGUGCUCCAGCGCUGCCACUGCCGGAUGGUGCACAUGCCAGGCAACGAGACCAUCUGUCCACCAAAUAUCUACAUUGAGUGUGCCGACCACACCCUGGACUCGCUGGGUGGGGGCUCCGGGGGCCCGUGUUUCUGCCCCACUCCCUGCAACCUGACCCGCUACGGGAAGGAGAUCUCCAUGGUGAGGAUCCCUAACAGGGGCUCAGCCCGCUACCUGGCAAGGAAAUACAACCGCAAUGUGACCUACAUACGGGAGAACUUCCUGGUGCUGGAUGUCUUUUUUGAGGCUCUCACCUCUGAAGCUGUGGAGCAGCGAGCAGCCUAUGGGCUGUCAGCCCUGCUGGGAGAUCUUGGGGGCCAGAUGAGCCUGUUCAUCGGUGCCAGCAUCCUCACCCUGUUGGAGAUUCUCGACUACAUCUAUGAAGUGUCCUGGGACCGACUGAAGCGGGCAUGGCGGCAGCCCAAGACCCCACUGCGAACCUCUGCUGGGGGCAUCUCCACCUUGGGGCUGCAGGAGCUGAAGGAGCAGAGCCCCUGCCAGAGCCGAGGCUGUACUGAGGGCGGGGGUGCCAGCAGCCUGCUUCCCAACCACCACCACCCCCACAGCACUCCGGGCAGCCUCUUUGAAGACUUUGCCUGCUAGGCUGGUGCUGUGCAAAGAAUCUGGGCAUCUGGGAUCCCCCUCCUCUGAUCCCAGCCUGGUCUCCUCCUCCAGCUCCUAGGAGGGAAAGGGGAGGAGGCGGAGCUCGUCCAGGGGACCAGGACUCAGAGCCUGCUCUCAUCCAGCCCGACAUCAACAGCUCUGUCCCUCUGGUGCACAGCCCCC